AAAUAGUAGUAAAUCAAAUUUUUGUGUCAUGUAAAAGGGCUCUAACCUGUUCGUUUUGAUCUCCUUUUUCAGAUAGUUUUAGGUCAUUGUAGUUAAAUGAGAGAGAAAUGGAAGCACAAAUUUAUCUGGCAGCAUUGACCUGACAACUCAUUCUCAUGUUCUUCAUCUCAUCUCAGAUUGUCAAUGCGCAAAAGAAAGGGCAACUGCUCCCUCCACAUAAAAUGGUGUCCUCAUUGGCUCUGAGACUUUCAAGUGCUCUAUAUCGCUCAAGAAUUGGGGUUCUUGCUUCAAUAUCAGGAGAAAAAAAGGGGUAGGCAUUGGCUUUGAAGAUGCAUUUGGCAAAUUCUUUGAAGGGGCUGUAAUACUUUGCUUAUGAUGUAGACAAUGGAAAGCCAAAUUGAUGUUUUGGUACGUUCUUCGCAUCUCGAACAACUGCUCAAGGAUUUUGUCUUGAAAGAAAGUUUGAUAAGACCCGCUUGAAUACAAAGAUGAUUGUCCUUCGGAAUUUGCAGACCUCAUCUGGUAGCCAAGGUAUUUUUUCUGGAUCAACUGUGUGACAUUUCACCAUACCUCGCCCGAAGCUCUCCUGAACAGCAUGUUCCUUGUGUUAUUCUCCCAUCAAUAUAUAGCCAGUACCAUACAGACCCUUCUUCAAUGGCUCUAACACCUUUAACUGCUUCUCCACACCAUUCACUUGCUGUAGCAUUGGCGAAUGCGUCUCCUAUAACAACGCAGCCUUCUGGGGACUAACUCCACAUUACAACAGUACUAAACUACUAGUGAUUCUGGGCACUUAAAGGGUAAUCAUCACAAUGCCAGGAGCACCUUUAUGAUUGCAAGACUGUAAAUGUUCAAACUUCAAAGCAUAGAACUGAAACACCGGACUGCUCACUGGUCUGGGCAUUUAGGUUAAAGUAAAGCACACUGUAAGGCUCAACCUCAGGGAGGAGUGGUCCUAGUCUGCUACCAAGAUUUGCAGUAUCAAUGUCUGGACCAAUAUCUUACAAGCAGAAGGCUGGUCAGUACCCUGUUCCAAUAAGUUAGGAGUAGUAAAUUAUCUGCUUAUUGUCAAUAAUUGGGAAUCAUUAGCUUAUAAAUUCACAGAGUUGAGUGCACACACUGAAGGCUCAACCUCAGACUGUUCCCUGUCCGGUCCACUAUCAACAUUUGCAGUAUCAAGGUCCAUGCAAUAUCCUACAAGUAGAAGGCAGGUCAGUACUCUCUACCAAUAAGUGCGAGAAGCAAGU